AUGCCGGAUGUCGCACCCGCAGGUGCAAAGAGCAGUCGACACGCCAUGGGAUGCAUGCGGUGCCACCUCAUCAAGCAUGUGGGAGGGCUUUCCGAUGCAGCGCUUCCCGCCGCCGCGCCAUGGCCGCGGCAAGCGAAAUGCACGCCCGCGCCAGCGCCCACGGCAGUUAGGUCAUGGCUCGAGGAAGAGAGCUGCAGUUUCAUGACAAAUGAGGGCGAAUGGCGGGCUGUCGUCCACGGCGAAGGGAAUGACCAAGGGGAGAAGAAUGCCGGGAGGAAAAGACAGGUCACCAACGACGAGGCAUACACAGUUGGGAUGGGGAAACGGGCACGGCAUGAAAAUCACCGCCGCGAUACCACCCUCCCUCCGAGCCGGGCGCCGGCGGGCUCGAUCGGCACCCUCCUCCCUUCGGUCACAGAAUAG